AUGUUUCGUUGUCUCAGCCGAUGCCGUCUUUCUCUGAGGAUAAAUCAGGCCCGCUUUAUGACUACAGAUCCAUUACUGGAUCAGCUGAAGACAUGUGUUGGUGAAGAUCAAGUUCUUCAGUUGAUUGGGAAAAACAAAGCUAAACUCUCAGUCACUCAUGUGGGUUAUGCAAUCAACAUGCUCUGGCAUUUCCAAAAAGAGAAGGCAAAUACGCAAAGAACCAUCGACCAGAUUAGAAAUCACCCUGACUUCAUUGCUCUGCGCAUCUUAGCGGAGAAUAAAAUUGACUUAAUGGAUGACAAUACCUUAGUAGAAACCCUGUACAACAUGCUACGGUGAAUAUUAAGGCACAUUCAUUUAUGUAAUAAAAAAAACUGUAUACUGCAGCUUUUAAAUGUAUUACUAUUUUUCUUUUAUUCAAAGGUUUAAUGUGGAAGAACAUGAUUCUCUUAUACAACAGCUGGUUGUGGAAGGAUGGAAAAGACUAGAAGGGCAAGUAUGCAGUUGUCUAUCUUGAUGAACUUUAGUAUUUGUGUCUUUGUGGGUGGUUUGUUAGUGAGUGAACCCCCAUUUUUUUUCUUGCUGUAAAGUAACAGCUUAGUCAAUAGCAAUCCUAGAGGUAUGUGCAUUGUUUUUUUUAAGCGUGUUUUUUUUUUUUUUAGCAACUUAAAGGAACAUUCCAAACACCAUAACCAUUACAGUGCAUUGUAGUGGUUAUGGUGCCAAGAGUAUCCUGGCUGUUUUAGAGCAGUUUACAUUUUACUUGUCGCCUGCUGGGCCACAGUCAAGAGAGACAGAAGCUCCUGCUCAGAAACCAGUUAUUCUCCUGAGCUGAGUCCUGCAGUGCUGGGUUUAGCUCUGAGACGGAAGCUUCUGGCAACUGUUUUAAACCACUUUGGCUACUUACAAUAGGGAGGCGCCAGGCUUUCCUUUAAGGUGGAAGUAUUACAAUUUCCAAAGCAACUGUUACAAUUUUUGUUGGAAUAUAUGAAAGUGCAUCUCUGUUCAAAUGGAGGCCUCAGGGGAAGGAUGCAAUGAGACGUGUAGAUUUUGAGAUUCUAAUGUGUUUAAUAUAUUUUACAAGCUGUGUGUAGCAAUAGCAAAGUGCAGUAAAGUAAAUUAAAGAAACCGUUACACUCCACAACAGGCAUAGGCAACCUACGGCACUCCAGAUGUUUUGGACUACACCACCCAUGAUGCUUUGCCAGCAUUAUGGGGGAUGUAGUCCACAACAUAUAGAGUGCCGAAGGUUGCCUACCCCUGCUCUAUAACCAUGAAUUGCUAAAACACAUUGGGGUUUAUUUACCAUAUACCAAACUGUAGUGACGUUCAAUAAACUGUUUUGUAACGUGUGCUAAAAAUGCCGAACUAUAACUAGAGGUGGGUUGGAGUUGUUUCCCCAAUUUGUCCAUUUUGGUGUAAAUUUUGCACUUUGGUUUUCUUUCUUGCUAAUUCCAUCCUUAGCAAUACAAAGCUAAUAUUUUUUUUCCCAUUUCAACAUUCUAUGUAAGUAGAUAAAAGUGUACAAUGUAGCAUAAUGUAUAAUCUAAUCGUAUUUUUUCACAGUCCUAUCCAAAGGCAUGUUUAAAUCUUGCUAGUGUUUUGCAGAUAUUAAUAGAUAUGUUUUUUUUCUACAUAGGUUUAACCUGUCUGAACUGUCUAAAUUUUCAGUCUGUCUGACAGAGCAGCAUAUGAAUACAAGCCCAAUUAUAGGGCAAAUAGCCAGUAUUGUGGAUAAAAGACUGGACGAUUUGCAAGAUGCAAGGUAAACUAUACCAGAGAGCUUGAGUCCAGUGGGAACGGAUGGGGAUGUUGUUCAUUCUAACAUAGUGGCAGCAUGUUAAAGACAGAUGGACAAUGAGAAGGAAAGACAGUGGCAGCAUGGGAGGGGCGGACAGACAGUGAUACAAUGAAGACAUUGACUGCAAGCACAGACAGUUAGGGAAAUUCACUAAGAGACCGACAGGGAGACUUUCUGGUUUAAAAUUAAUUGAGAGAAGCAGGGUAUGAUGGCAAAGUGAAGUGAGAAUAGAUGGUGAAUCAAAAGGGAGGGGGCUGCAGCAUAUAAUGGAGUUUGGGAGUGAUCUUAACAAUUUUCCACAUAUAUUAAAUUACUAUCCAAUGUAUGAAGUCAUUCAUAGUUAUAUUUUGAUGUAGUUAAUUAUUUUAGCUAAACUAAGCAAUAUCAUUCUUCUUCCCAGAAUCCUCUCCAGUUUAAUGGUCAGCAUAUGUGCAGUCAUUUCCCAGAGACUACGAGAUCGACUUAUUGAGAAAGCCGAGUUUCUGAUGGAUGGAACAGGAAACUGUCAUUUCAACCAGCCACGCAGGAUUGUGCAGUUCCUCAGAAACAUUAAAUAUACACACAGGCCACUUUUAGAAAAGUGUACCCAGAGAUUCAUUCAGGGUAUUAAUGAAAUGGACCCAGAAAUACUAUGCAUCGUCAUUGGUUUGUACCAAUCUCUACAGUUCCACAACUCAGAUUUUCGUUUGAUGGCAAAGGCUCGGUUGUUGGAAGUAAUAGACCAGUGUCAUGAUAUUGGUAACUUUACUAAAUUAUUUGCCACACUUGGACCUAUGGCCAAUCAAGAGAUCCGAGAAAAGUAAGCAUAUUCAUUUUUGUUUUCUAAACUAACAAUUUUUUUAAAGAGAUGUUUCUCUUGUAUUGGGUAAAUCCAAUUAAAGAUAUUUUGUUUCUUUUCUUUUCAAUAAUAAAAGAAAACUUUAGUGGAGAGCCAUUACAGACCAAUGUGCUCAUAUGUUUUCCUGAUGAUACCAUUUGAAAAUUGUAAUGUUAAGUUAAUAUAUACCCAUUUGUUUUGCCAAUUUAAAUCUGCUUGUAAAACUGAAUUCAAUAUAUAUUGUGGAGUCCGUGAGACUUGGUUUUGUCAUCUCUUGAAGUGGUUAUAGUGUCUGCAGUCCCCUGGCACUGUUCUUCCAUUUAACAUUAAACUAUUUUUUAAUGUUUUAAUGCUCAACAAGAGUCCCCAGCAAUCCAUAUUUUUUGUAUCACUUAGGUUAAUAAGGAAGCAUUAUCAUGAGCAGCAAUGGGUGGCUGUGAUUGGCUGAAAGUGUCAGCUGACUACAUUCAGCUUAUCACAGUGCCUACUGCAGGUAUGAAUUGCGAUUGUUGCAAGAAUGUGUGUAAUAUCAUUCAUUUCAUUCAUUUUUAAACUUUCCAAAAAUGGUUGCACACAGAAUGGAGGGACAACUCUAGAGGACUCCAUGCACUUAAAGGGACACUAUGGUCACCAGAACAACUACAGCUUAUUGAAUUUGAUCUGGUGAGUAGAAUCAUUGCCUUAAGGCUUUUUGCUGUAAACACUCUCUUUUCAGAGAAAAUGCAGUGUUUACAUUACAGCCUAGUGAUAACUUCACUGGCCAAUCCUCAGAUAGCUGUUAGAGAUCCUUCCUGGGUCAUGGCUGCCUGAAAUGCAUCCAAACAUUCAGUGUCUCCUCCCUCUGCACGCAGACACUGAACUUUCCUCAUAGAGAUUCAUUGAUUCAAUUCAUCUCUAUGAGGAGAUGCUGAUUGGCCAGGGCUGUGUUUGAAUCAUGCUGGCUCUGCCCCUGAUCUGCCUCCUUGUCAGUCUCAGCCAAUCCUAUGGGGAAGCACUGUGAUUGGAUCAGGCUACCACUUCUGAUGAUGUCAGCAGACUGCUUGUUUUUUUUUCUGAGUCUAACAGCAUGCAGAGUUACAGCUUCAGGCUUGAAUACAAGUAAGAUUUUGCUAUAUUUAGGGAGGCAUGAGGGGCCCAGGGGGGCUAGAUGGGGGUUUUAACACUAUAGGGUCAGGAAUACUUGUUUGUGUUCCUUUAACUAGUUCAAUAAGGUGAAAUAGUUAUAGUGCCUACAGUGUCCUUUUAAAGACCCCACAAUUACAAGUAUAUGAUAAAGAUUGUAAAAAAAAAACUAAAUAGUUAAUUUGACUUUUCUUUGCGUGAGAUGAAACAUUGUAUUUUGUUUGCAAUGGUUAAAGUGUUUACUCUGUGAGAAUUCCUUUGUGUAUAUUUCAUAUUAAAGCCUUGUCCUGGUUAUUUAUGUCUUUUCCAUAUGUUUUCCACAGGCUUGAAGAAGAUGCCAUGAGUGUGGUUGACAAAAUGAGCCCUCAACAGAUUAUGGCAAUUCUUGGAACCCUGGAGGAAAUGGAAUGUAGAAACACCACCCUAAUCCAGAAGUAAUACACACACUUCAAAUAGUUUCUUAUUCUACCUUGUCUUGUGCAUGUUGUAGUAUUACAAUGUAGAUUGUUUAAAGGGACACUCCACACACCUAAAACAUUUAAGCUUGCUGAAGUGCUUUUUUUGUUUGAAGACUGUGUUCUGUAUUUUUCAUUUUUCAAAAAGUGCAGAUUUGAAUAGAAAUGAGCACUUUUAUAAAUGAACCUUGUCACACCCUCAAUGGCUGUCAAUCAGGCAACCAGUCCUGAUACUUCCUGGCUUGUUAAGCUCAGUGGAACUAAAUUCAACAGACAAGCAGUUGCUCUGAACAUCUGCCUUGUAAAGACUUCUCAUUGAGCUGCAUUAUGAAGUCUGUGAUUGGAUAGCAACAGAAAGGCGGAGUUAUAAGAGAAAGACUUGCAAAGGCUGCAGACAAGAGAUCUGCAGCCUCCGCGGGCUGUUUUAGAUAGAAUGGAAAAAUGCAUAAUUAAAUAUGUACAUUGUUUCAUUGGGGGUGUACUUACUAAAUAGUUAUAUAGUAGAAUGGGCAUAGUAGAGUGGCAUGGGCUACAAGACCAUCGCCAAGCAGCAUGGUGAGAAGGUGACAACAGUUGGUGCGAUUAUUCGCAAAUGACAGAAACACAAAAUAACUGUCAGUCACCCUUGGUCUGGUGCGCCAUGCAAGAGCUCACCUUGUGGAGUUUCAAUUAUCAUGAGAACAGUGAGGAAUCAGCCCAGAACUACGGGAGGAUCUUGUUAAUGAUCUCAAGGCAGCUGGGACCAUAUUUACCAAGAAAACAGGGGCCAUGUACCAUCAAAUUAUUAUUAUUAUGAUAUUUAUAUAGCGCCAUCAAAUUCUGCAGCGCUUUACAAUGGGUGGACGAACAGACAUGCAGUUGUAACCAGACAAGUUGGACACACAGGAACAGAGGGGUUGAGGGCCCUGCUCAAUGAGCUUACAUGAUAGAGGGAGUGGGGUAAAAUGACACAAAAAGGUAAGGAUACUAUUAGACUAGUGACCAUUGCAGAAGAGGAAUACGCUUUUAUAAUGAAGUGGGAUUUUAACGAUUUUUUUGAAGGAGGGAAGACUGGGUGAGCCUCUAACGGAGGAGGGUAGCGAGUUCCACAGGAACGGUGCAGCCCUCGAGAAAUCGUGAAGGUGAGCAUCAGAGGUGGGAGUACGGACAGAAGAUAGACGUAAGUCUUCAGCAGAUCGUAAGAGCCUAGACGGGACAUACUUGUGUAUAAGGGAGGAUAGAUAGGUGGGAGCAGCAUUAUGUAGAGAUUUGAACGCAAGAACCAGAAUUUUAAAUUGAGCUCUAUAUUUUAUAGGAAGCCAAUGUAGGGACUGACAGAAGGGUGAGGCAUGGUAGGUGCGGGCUGACAGGAAGUUGAGCCUCGCCACCGCAUUCAUUAUGGACUGUAACGUCGCAAGUUGGGAGCACGUAAGACCACUGAGAAGCAGAGUACAGUAGUCAAGGCGAGCAAGGACAGUGGAAUGGACCAACACCUUAGUCGCAUCUGGCGUUAAGUAGGGGCGGAUGCGCGCAAUGUUUUUGAGAUGGAAAUGACAGGAUUUGGCAAUAGAUUGAACAUGAGGCUUCAAGAAAAAGGUCGGAGUCAAAGGGAACACCUAGGCAGCGAGCCUGCGUGGUGGAGCUGAUGGUAGCCCUGUUGGAGGGAGACCGACACAGGAGUAACAACAGUUGAGGGAAGAAAGACCAGAAUUUCAGUUUUGGUCAAGUUUAGUUUAAGGAAGUGGGCAGCCAUCCAGUUAGAAAUAGCAGAGAGGCAGUCAGACACACUAGUCAAGAGGGACGGGGAGAGAUCAGGAGAGGACAGGUAGAUUUGUGUGUCAUCUGCAUAGAAAUGAUAUUGGAAGCCAAAGGAACUAAUGAGUUUGCCAAGGGAGGCAGUAUAGAUGGAAACAGUAGGGGACCAAGGACUGAACCUUCGGGGACACCAACAGAGAGGAGUUGGGGAGAAGAAGCAGAGCCAGAGAAAGAAACACUGAAAGAGCGCUGGGAGAGUUAGGAGGAGCACCAGGAGAGAGCAUAAUCUCGUAGACCGAUAUUGCGGAGGAUGAGAAGAAGCUGUUGAUGAUCAACAGUGUCAUAAGCCGCAGACAGGUCAAGGAGAAUUAAGAUAGAGUAAUGACCACGAGAUUUUGCAGCGAGUAGAUCAUUGGAUUCUUUGGUCAGCGCCGUUUCCACGGAAACCAGACUGAAGCGGGUCUAGCAGAGAGUUGGACUCGAGGAAGUCUGUCAAUCUCGCAUACACAAUUCUUUCAAGGAUCUUGGAUGCAAAAGGCAGUAGCGAGAUAGGACGAUAGUUGGAUGGGGAGUUAGGGUCAAGAUUGGUCUUCUUUAGAAUUGGGGUUACAGUUGCAUGUUUGAAGGGCGAUGGAAAUAUACCAGAGGAGAGAGAGAUAUUGAGAAUUUUAGUGAGAGGUGGAGAAAGAAGAAGACAGAGUACGGAUGAGAUGCGAGGGAAUUGGAUCUAGGGAGCAGGUGGUGGGGCGGGAGGACUGGAGCAGAGCAGAAGCCUCUUCCAAUGUAGCGGGUGCGAAUGAACAUAGAACAGCAGAGGGAGUGAAGUUAGUAUUGUAAGGGGAAGAAGAAAGAUGAGAGAUCUCUUCUCUGAUUGUAGAGAUCUUAUCAGUGAAGUGAGUUGCAAAGUAUGAGGCGGUCAAGUUAUUAGGUGGAAGAGGAACAGCAGGGUGAAGAAGAGAGUUAAAUGUGUGAAAUAGUCGUUUGGGUUUGCGGGAGAGUGUGGUUAUGAGGGUAUUGAAGUAAUUAACUUUUGCAGAGGAAAGAGCCAAGCUGUAUGAGCUCAGCAUAAAUUUAUAGUGGAGAAAUUCAGAUGCACAGUGAGACUUUCUCCAACAGCGUUCAGCAGUUCUGGAGCAUUUUUGGAGGUAUCGAGUGAGCUUGGUGUGCCAGGUUGUUGUUGGGGGGGCCUGCGGCAUUUAAAUGUACAAGGUGCCAUGAUGUCUAGUUGAGAGGAGAGGGUGGAAUUGUAGAAGGAGGUUGCAGAACUAGGACAGGUGAGGUUUGAGAUAGGUAAAAGGAGAGUUUGGAGAAUAGUGGAGAAAUGCUCUAGGUAAGACAUUGGAGGUUUCUGUGAGAGUGAUGUUCAGACGAUCGAGUCAGUUGGGUGAAAUCUUGGGUGAAAACCUCCUUCCCUCAGCCAGAGCAUUGAAAAUGGGUCGUGGAUGGGUAUUCCAGCAUGACAAUGACCCAAAGCACACAGCCAAGGCAACAUAGGAGUUGCUCAAGAAGAGGCACAUUAAGGCGCACACACACUGAUAGAGGCAUAGGCCCACACACUGACAGAGGCAUACACACACACACUGACAGAGGCAUAGGCCCACACACACACACACACACACACACACACACAUUGAAAUACACUUUCUCAAACACAAAUUUACAUUUAAAAAAUAAAAUAAAAUUUUCACCCAGCCUUCCUACCUUUUGGGAGUGCUGAGUUGGACGUUCCCUGGGGUCUAGUGGGGCUGCUCUUUCUUCCUGUGUGAGAGGGAGCAGUAAUCUACCAUGCAUCUCCUCUCUGCUCCCUGUGAUGCCGAGGCCGGAAUGACGUCAUAUUGUGGCUCCCGGCAUCAUUAAACAGCGCAAGGGAGCAAAGAGGAGCCGCUGGAAGAUCACUGCUCCCUCGCAUGCUGCCCCAGCCGAACGCCUGGAUGAUCCACUGAGCUGGCCGCCUCCAUAAAGCCCAGGGCGGCCGGCUGCAACGCUCACUCAGCCGGCUGCCUCCAUAAAUCGCAGGGCGGCUGGCUGCAAUGCUCAGUCAGCCGGCCGCCUUAAUGCUCCCGCGGGUGGACGGCUGGCUCCAUUAUUUGCUUAUUUAGAUAAAUUGACAAAUCCCAGGAGCAUGGGCAAAAUUUUUAGUCGAGCCCUGCCUUAAUCCCAUAGAAAAUCUGUGGAGGGAGCUAAAGGUUCGAGUUGCCAAACGUCAGCCUUGAAACCUUAAUGACUUGGAGAGGAUCUGCAAAGAGGAGUGGGACACAAUCCCUCCUGAGAUGUGUGCAAACCUGGUGGCCAACUACAAGAAACGUCUGACCUCAUGGAUUGCCAACAAGGGUUUUGCCACCAAGUACUAAGUCAAAGGGGUAAAAUAUUUAUUUCACUCAUUGACAUGCAAAUAAAUGUAUAACUUUUUUGAAAUGCGUUUUUCUGGAUUUUUUGUUGUUGUUUUUUCUAUCGCUCGCUGUUAAGAUACACCUACCAUUAAAAUGAUAAACUGAUCAUUCCUUUGUCAGUGGGCAAAUGUUCAAAAUCAGCUGGGGAUCAAAUACCUUUUUCCCUGUACAUGGGCAGUUUGUGAUUGACAGGUGAGAGAAACACAGAUCUGUGCAAAGAGAAGGAAACAUUCAGUGUCCCGUCUGCACAGUAACCCUUGCUGUUCUGGGUUAAACUUAUCAGGUCAGACUCCAUAGACCAGAAUGAGAGCCUCCUGAUUGUCCCAGCUACUUCCUAGUGCAGGCACAUCUCAAGGCUGAUAAUGUAAAGUCUGGGAAUUUGCACCCAAAACCCAAGAAACUUUUAUAUUUUGUUUCUUUUUUUUUUUAAUGUUAUAUACAUAAUGGAUUUUAUUAAAGGACACGGAGGCUCAUAUUAUGCUUAUCUCUUUCUUUAUUAUACCUCAGCAGCAAAGAGAAGGUAUAAACAUUCAUAGAAAAAAGUUUUAACAGGUUCUCCAAAGGUUAACCCAACAUCAUACCCUUAACCAAUAGGAACAGUCCCUCUAUCUAUAACUAUUCAUGUGACCUUUCCUCUUCCUCUUUCUUUGCUGCUGCCUCAGCUAAGUACCAUCUAAUUUUAGCUCUCCUCAGAGCACCCUUUUGAAUUUAUAUUGUAUUUGUUUGUUUCUGUGUCUUUAAUAUUUUUUUAUGUGAUAGGUUUGUGUGGGUUAAUUAGCCGGUUCUUGGAGCCGGCGCCUGUCUGCCUUUAGGGCAGAUAGACGUUUUCACUGGGGUUCCCUCCCCCCCCCCCUGCGGCGGUUACCCCCUCCCACACCCUACCGGGUAGUUUAUUACCCGUUCUUUGUUGCCCUCUGGGAGCCGCGGCGGCCGUUUCGCGGCGCGAGCGCUCUGAAUCCAGAGCCCGCUCGCGCAUGCGCUAUAACGGCCGCUCGGCACUGCGGCCAUUUACAGUAAGCCGGCCGGGUUUUGCCGCGCUUUUCUCUCCGCCCGCCCUGUACCAGAGGGCGGGCGUUCUCUGAUUGGCCAGCUGCAUUGGCUGGCAGCUUACCAGUGCUCCCUGGCGGCCAUUCCAGGGGGAACACUUGGUAAGCUGACAGCCUUUGUUUGUGCCUGCAUCCUCCACCUGCACUGUUCUCAGAGCCCACUGCCCACAGUUUGGUUUACUGUUAGCCCCUGCACAGGGUCACUAGGGGCAUUUUUUCCUCUCACAUAUUGGUGCCAGUCUGGUACAAAUUUCUUUGUGUCACUUGGUAUCCCAGCCAGUUAGGUGUCACUGCUCCCACACCUUUUGCUACAACCUACCUGUCAUGCAACACCUUAGGGACCACGGGGUUGCCACCCCCACUGAUAACAGUACAGACACCAUUCAUCACGUGCCACAGAUACCACGUCCAUGCUCGCCACUGCGAGAAGACGUGGCAUCCAUGGAUCAGUUAAACUCGGAGGAGUUUCACUCACUCCUGGAUGCAACCAUGACCAAGUCGGUCACCCAAGCUAUAGUCACGGCUAUGGGGGCGAUGUCUGAGACCCUGACACAAUCCAUUAGUAAUGCCAUACUGGCGUCUAACAGCCAUACCAGCGGCCCCCGCCCCAUGGCCCAGCCUGACAAACCUGUGCCCCCCAGCGGCCGUAAGGCUACGCAGAAGACCCACCAUAUGGGCAAACACACCUCCAAAAACAGCACGACGGACAGGAUACGCCCUGUCACUACUGAGGACGUGGGGCCCCCACGCAAAAGAGCCACCCACCGGGCAAAAGCGGUGAGGACAUGGAGAUGGGCAAAAGCCCAGACAGAGACAUCCGACUCUGGUUCGGACAUAGAGGAGGUAAUGAGUGAGUCCGAGGAACUCGGCUCGUUGGAAUCAGGGAACUCUUCCCCUGAGCGCAGCCUGGCAGUCAUACCAGCUAAGGGAAAAGCGCCCGCGGAUGAUUCCACCAUCCUAGACCCCCAGGGCGAGCCCCUAUUCAACCCUGACGACCUGCAGCACCCCAGGUCCACAGACUGGUUCCCAGCUGACCAUGUGGCCCAAUAUAUUGCGGCCAGAAUAAGGAAGCCCCUGGAUAAAACAACCAGGAAUAAGUUAAGGGCAGAGUGCCCACGCCCAAUGGUCCCUGAUAUGGCGUGCGCCACGCCGGAGGUGGACCCCAAGAUUGCCCAGUUCCUGGGUAAGGCUGGCUGGAAAGCCAAAAAAGGGCUAGACUACUCCCUGCGCCACUGCCAGGAUAAAGUGCUCGACUCCUUGGGCCCUAGCGCAAAGAUCUUCGACUUGGUCGAAGAGACAAUCUCAGGUGGCGCACCACUAGACCCCUUAGUGAUCCGAGAGUGGGCACAACGCUCUAUCUGCCUCAUCGGCAAUUCAAAUGCCGCACUUAGUACUGAGAGGCGGAAGGCAAUUCUCAUGAAAAUAGACCCCAAACUGGUCAACAUGGCCAUAACCGAGCCUGGACCCCAGGCAAAAGGCCUCCUUUUCGGAGAUAAUUUUGUAAAGGAGCUGGGCACCUACGUGAGCACAUUUACAGCCCUGGAUAAGGCACAAACAAACCUAAAACGGGUGUUCUCCCCGAAGGUUUUUGGAGGGGCUGGCAGGUACAGGGGCCGCCUGUCCAGCCGCCCACCACGGAGCUCCCACCGGGGCUACCGGGGCCCCACGACACCAAGAGUCCCACAGGCGGAGACCAGAACCCCCGCACCUUUCUUCCCGGUCAGGGGCAGAUCAUGGCAGCCCAGAGGUCACAGGGGUGCCACAUACGGCCGACGACCUUAUGGUAAGUGCUUUUCCUUUUCCCCUCUCUCAUACCUCGCACGUAGGGGGCAGACUUUCCAAAUUUAUCGGGGCAUGGCACAGACUCACGUCCGAUGCCUGGAUUCUCGACACAGUAGCGGGGUACCAUAUAGAAUUCGUCACACACCCAAUCCAAUCCACAAUGCCACGGCGGAUGGUGUUCGCCCCUCAGGACAGGGAACUGGUGUCGAAAGAAAUCAUAGCUCUGGUGGAGAAGGGUGCGAUCUAUCAGGUCGCGCCCCACUCCCCAGGGUUCGUAAGCAAUCUGUUCCUGGUCCCCAAGAAAGGCGGUGGGGUAAGACCGGUGAUCAAUCUUCGCCCACUCAAUACAUUUGUACGAUACCACCACUUCAAAAUGGAAGGGAUUCAUUGCCUGCGAGAUCUUCUCAGGCUGGGGGAUUGGAUGGUAAAAUUAGACCUCCAAGAUGCAUAUCUCACCAUCCCCAUUGCAAAGGAGUGUCAGCAUCUCCUACAAUUCAGUUGGGACUCCCAGACCUGGAGGUUUCAGUGCCUUCCGUUUGGCCUAUCGUCAGCACCAUGGUGCUUUACAAAACUGCUGAAGCCAGUGGUUGCGCUUCUGCGCAGCAGGGGCGUCCGCAUGAUCAUAUAUCUGGACGAUAUGCUGAUCAUGGCCCAAGACACCCUACUGCUACUACAACAUUUAGAUUGGACAGUAACUUUACUACAGAACCUGGGAUUCCUAAUCAAUUGGGAGAAGUCGGUACUAACCCCCUCCCAGUCCUUAGAAUUCCUAGGGUUCGAAAUAGGGUCGGUCUUAGGGACCCUAAGCCUGCCACCCACAAAGAUGAAAAUCAUCAAGAAGGAGAUCCGCAGAACAUUGGCUCGACCAACACUUAUGGUCAGACAACUAGCCAGGAUAAUUGGACUCCUCUCCGCUUCCAUACAAGCGAUCUUCCCAGGGCCUUUACACUACAGGGCCCUACAGCGACUAAAAGCCGCACAACUGCGCUCAGGACACUCCUACUCAGACUCUGUGCCACUCGAUCACACAGCCAAGGAGGAGCUCAGGUGGUGGCUGCAGCACAUGGAAGCGUGGAACGGCAGAGCAAUCUUCGGCAACAACCCAGAUUGCGUAAUAGAAUCAGAUGCCAGCACACGGGCCUGGGAGCGCGCUGUGGACAUACCUCCACGGGCGGAAAAUGGUCCCAAGCAGAAAGGACACUACAUAUCAACUGCCUGGAAUUAAUGGCGGGUUCGUUUGCACUGAAGAGCCUCCUAGGUCCCGCAACACAUUGCUCCAUCAUCCUGAGAAUGGACAACGUCUCAGCCGUCCAAUACAUCAACCGCCUCGGCGGCACCAAGUCCAAAAUUUUAGCAGAUUUAGCCACAGAAUUUUGGCAGUUUUGCUUAGAACGCAGCAUCACAGUACGAGCCGAAUACAUCCCGGGACUUUCGAACACCGUAGCAGAUUGGAACUCCAGACAUCUGCGGGAUACCAGCGAUUGGUGCCUGAACCGAGAGACGUUCCUACGAUUACACACUCUAUGGGGUCCGAUAUAUAUAGACCUGUUUGCGUCUCGGUUGAAUACACAACUCCCGGAAUUCUUCAGCUGGAGACCGGACCCAGACGCGUUAGCUACGGACGCAUUCCUACAACCAUGGCCGAACAAACGAUUAUACGCGUUCCCACCGUUCGCCCUACUGGCACGAACGCUAGUGCACCUCGACCGCACACGGACGUCCCUAGUCCUCAUAGCUCCAUUCUGGACUGCACAGCCUUGGUUCCCUUUACUCAUGGAGAUGUCCAUAGAUCUCCCCAGACUGCUGCCCGAGGAUCCACAUCUCCUCUCAGACCCAGAUGGGAACCCACACCCUCUGAUGGCGCAAGGACAACUCAGGUUGUUAGCGUGGCUCCUUUCCGGGGUCCCUGGGUCGUGCCAAACGUUCCGCAAACAACUCUCGAACUCCUGGCGGGAGCUUGGGCUCCGGGAACACGACGAUCCUACUCUAAAGCUUGGAACAUCUGGAGUGGUUGGUGCAUGGAACAACACGUGGAUCCCGUAUGUGCCACUGUAAACCACCUGUUGUGUUUCCUUACACACCUAUACGACCAAGGAUUGGCAUAUCGGACCAUCAAUGUAUACAGGUCAGCGAUCUCGGCGGGACACACUGGUAUAGAAGGAUUUCCAGCAGGCAAGCAUCUGUUGGUAUGCAAGCUCUUACGCGGUAUUCGAUUGGCAAGACCACCGCGACCCCGAUAUAGUACGGUAUGGGACGUGAAUGUGGUCUUAAAUCUUUUGGAACUAUGGCCACAGAACUCUGACCUCACGUUGAAACAACUUUCAGCGAAAUUGGCCAUGCUCUUAUGCCUAAUAUCCUGCAAAAGAGUCUCGGAUGUCCGGGCAUUGGACGUCGACGCACGCACGUUCACUCCAACGGGAGUAACUUUCAACAUUUCCAGACGUACAAAAUCAGCGACAACAUCAGUGUCAUAUCCAGCAUUCCCGCACAACAAAAAUCUGUGCCCAGUUGCCUGCCUCAAGGAAUACGAAACACGGACACAGGCAUUUCGAAACUCGGGACAACAUGAACUAUUUCUGGCCGUCAAUUCACCACACCAGCCAGUAUCUUCCAUAACGAUAGCCCGAUGGGUGAAGUGGAUAAUGGCCUCUGCAAACAUAGAUACUUCGGUAUAUGGGGCACACUCCACUCGAGGAGCUAUGGCAUCUAAAGUAUUCAACUUGGGAUGCAGACUGGAAGAUUUGUUACGGACGGCAGAUUGGUCCCAUGAAUCCACCUUUAAGGAAUAUUAUUUUCACCCUACAGACCACGUAGCAUCAAGAGUCAUUGCACAGCUUUGAACUAGCAUAAUAUGAGCCUCCGUGUCCUUUAAUAAAAUUUCCAGAUUUUACUAAUUACAUGACGUAAAGUCAUGAUUUUAUAAAGGACACGGAGGCGAAUAUUGGCCCACCCGGUAAGUAUAUCAGGCAUAUAUCAGCGAAAGUAGAGUGACAUGCCCACCCAAUAAACAAUAAAAUAAGGGUCAUUGUGGUGUCUUAUUUCGUCUCGAUUUAAUUCGUUUUUUAUUUAAGACAACUGUACUAGUGAGUCUGUAGUACAUCAGGCUUAUGCUAAGAUUUAGUCACUAACGUUGUGGCAAACAGUUCCUCAGACCACAUUUUACCAUAUUUUUCUCUAUCCCAUUACAGCUUAAUUCGCAAUACGCGACACCUUGGAUGACCAGUUGUCACCGCAGUUUACGCAGACAAGUUCUUACAAGUUCGGGAUAUGGGAAAGUUCGACACAACGGAUGAAGUGUUCCAGUGUCUUCUCAAGUUAUAAUGAUACAGCUUCGGCAUGACCAAAGAAAGAGGAAGAGGAAAGGUCACAUGAAUAGUUAUAGAUAGAGGGACUGUUCCUAUUGGUUAAGGGUAUGAUGUUGGGUUAACCUUUGGAGAACCUGUUAAAACUUUUUUCUAUGAAUGUUUAUACCUUCUCUUUGCUGCUGAGGUAUAAUAAAGAAAGAGAUAAGCAUAAUAUUCGCCUCCGUGUCCUUUAUAAAAUCAUGACUUUACGUCAUGUAAUUAGUAAAAUCUGGAAAUUGUAGAUGGGGGUAUUUUUCAGCCUCUAGUGCUUUAUUUUACACAUUCAUAUCAUCUGAAAUAUUGAUACAAAUUGAAGGUAACUGAUGUAUUCAUUUUCAUCACUUUGUGUUUAUUACAAUAAUGUAAACGGAAGUCAUUGUUUGUAUUUUGUAUAGGGUUGCUUCACUGUUACACAAGUAUUUGGAUUUCUACAGACCAAUAGAUUUGGCUAAAGUAACCCAAGCGUUGGUGUUUAUGCACUGCCAGACACCUGAAGUAUUUGCACAGCUACAAAAACUUUUAAUAAGGUAAUAAUGUUUCUUUUUUUCUGUCAUCUCUUCGGUUGCUAGUUGCGUGCAUAUUGGAGUGUUAGAAAGCAUGUCUUGGGAAUUACGCACAUCCCAUCGUCAUUGUUACAUAUCUUACACUGAUGGAUAGAAGUUCCUUGCAUAGGAUUCACAUGUCAUGCUCUACCUAAAUGUAGCGUUGUGUUUUGUUACAAGGGUACUCCAAACACCUUGACCACUUCAGGGUUUCAAAGUGGUCAUGGUGCUUGGAGUUUAUAUGUGCAGCAUUUCACUUAAAAACACUGCAAAUACAGAGAUAUUCACCUCUGAUAUCAACAUUAGCCAGCCCAGAAUAAAGUUCAUGGCUGGCUGAUGGCUAUUCUGGCGCCAGACAGCCAAUCAUGGAAUGCAUCCCCCUCCCAAACCCAUGUUGCCACCGUCCUCUUCUCAGUACAUCCUUCCUGACCUUUCUCCCUCUGUAGUGAGGAGGAGCAAAGUGGGGGUGGGGGCAGGGAAGCACAGAAAGGGUUACUACAUCUCCAAAAUCAGUGUUUUAUGAAAACACCAUUUUUUGGUUGGAGUAACACUUUAAACUUUGAUAUUAAAAGGACACUCAAAGUACCAUAAGCACUAAUGUGUUUCACUUAGGUAAUUGUGCAAAGAACUCCCUUUGCUUUUUUCUCUGUAUACUUUUGCUUAUACAAACAACUGUAGUAUAAAGGCGCUUUGUGAGCACAAAUCAGUGCUGGUUAAACUCCACCGUGAAAUCAGCCACUAAGUUUAACAAACAAAUACCAAAGCAAAAUAACAAAAAUGGUGGACACAACUAGUGCGCUGUCCACCAUCUUUUGCUUAUACCUGCAGAAAGUGUGUGUGGUUUGAAAUUAAAGAUGCCCUUUAAUCCUUUUUGCCAUUGCGAAGUAUCGGUGUAUAUUUGUAUAGCUAUGGCUAUAUUGACUUCAGUCAUUUUAGCUAAAACUCUGGCCAUAUAAGGACACCUUUGAAGACCCUCUUUAUAUACAUCCACAUUCCAGAAUUCUCAGACAAAGAAAGCCAUGUGAAUUAUUAAAACCAUCUCCUACUUAUACACAAUUCAGACACCCAUAUCUAAUGUGUCAGUAGAAAAUCCAAUAUUCUACAACCUGACUUUUAAUUUAAUUUUUGUUUUUUCCAGAUCUUUGAAAGCCAGCUUUAUACCAAGCGAGGUAGCUAGGUUGACCAGGGUCCUCACAAUGUUGCCUUCUCCUCGAGUAGACGAAGAGAUCCUUUCUAAGGUGGAGGCUACGUUACCGCAAUGCAGCCUUAGUGACCUCAGCACCUUGGCUAUGGCAAUCAUUAAAUGGAUGCGGAUAGGCACCACGUCUCAUCAUAGUUCAUCCAUAGCCUAUGGGAACCUCCUUAAGAAACUAAAUAGUUGUGGACUUAAAAGAAUUCAGCAAAUAGACAGUAUUGAUUUGUUCUUAGAUGAACUGAAGUACAUGACUGGAGACUGGCUGGAAGAAGUCCUUUUAGGGGAAACCAUAAAUACUUUUGAUCGAUUAUUAGAUCAGGUCUCGUGGCAAAACAUCCCAGAUAUUGCACUGUUUAUUACUCGAACACACUACCGUCAUCCCCCACUUUUAGACAAAAUUGCCUCUGUAACAAUGGAGAACAUCUCAAAGGUAAAUGAUGACUUGUUUGGAAAUUCGGUCUUCUUAGCUUAAAUCAUUAAAGGGACACUAUAGUCACUUAAACAACUUUAGCUUGUGCCCAUGGCUUUAGAUGUGCCUUGGGCUGAAUAAACAAGGUGAUUUAGUUCCUAAAUGGCAGAGAACUCAGCAGUGAGACUGCAGGGGCAUGAUCUAUACACCAAAACUGCUUCAUUAAGCUAAAGUUGUUUUGGUGACUGUAGUGUCCCUUUAACUAGUCCUCGACUAGCUUUAGAUCUGCUCUUAAAGUAUUUAUCAAGAAUUCUAAUUUUUAUAUUCACUUUAUCAGUAAAUCUUAUGCAAAGUUACAAAUGGAAAUCUAAACUAGAAAGUCUAAAUAUGUUUGGGAUAAUGGGAGAGAUUAUGAAAGUAUUACUAAACAUUCAGGGCAGCUAAAGGAAAAUUUUGUAAACACAAACUACUGCUACUCUUUAUUUAUUUAAUUUUUUUGUGUGUGUGCUUUUUUUCCUUUAAGAUCCAUUACAGUGCGACAUAUGCAAUUCUGCUUCCAUUUAUUGUGCUCAAUUAUGAAUCCACACAAUGUGAAGAGUUCUUUGAUGCAUGCAUCCAACAUUUCCUGCCACACUUAAGUAAGUUUACUGUCAUUUCAUCCUACUGAUACUAAACUGUAUUGCCAGAUAUGAUGGUACAAUUGCGGUAUAUUUUUCGGAUGAGCUGCACAUACUAUGUUUGAUUCUACUUUGCUGGCAUUUUAUGAAACCAUUUAUAAUGUGUAAUCAUGUUAUAGGUACCUUGCGGUGCAUUUAAAGAUCAAAAUUUGGCCAAAUGCUAAAUUUGUGAAUGUUCCCGUGGUUUAGGGAAAAGACAUUUAAGGUUGUCCCUAAUGUAUUGUACGUUUACUGAUUUGUUCUAAAACAAUCAGCGAUUUGCCAUUUACGGAAUUUUCUAAUGCUGUCCAAGAUGGCGAUUACACAAAUUAAUUAAACUUAAUUGUACUUUGGUUUAUAUAUAUAUAUAUAUAUAUAUAUAUAUAAUGUAUUUUUGUGUAUACACACUAUGUCCAUUAUUUUAUUCGUUUUACAUAUCGUCUCCUCUCUCUACAGAUUCCUUUGAUCCCCACCUUUUGGUUCUGAUUGGCUACGCACUAGCUGUCGCAGAAUACUUUCCAGAGGAACUAAUAAAAACUAUAUUCAAUAUUGAUUUCUUGGGCAAACUGGAUGCUCAGUUGGAAAGUAAGUUUAUUUAAAAACAAAGGCAGAUCUGACCCCUGAUGAACAUUCUUUGAUUGCUACCUCAUUGGAGGAGAUGUUCUGUAUUCUUGUACUCUUCUUAUUUUAUUUUUUUUGAAGAUUGCAAAAUUAAAAAAAAAUAAUUUUUAAAUGGCAGAAUGCCAUAGUUAUUUAUGACCAGUGAUAGAGACAAACUACCAGGCAUGCUUUUCUUCCUUAAAUGGGAACUCCGGGUAAAAAUAAGGAACUUUCUUUCAAUGCGUGUAGUGCAUACAAUUUGUUUUUAAAGGGCAUUCAACACAAAUUGCAGAAAUUGAAUUUGCAUACAUUUAUUGACCUAUUUCUGCCAAUUAGCCACAUUUGUGCAGCUAGCCAUAAACAUUCUGUGUACAUUGCAGCCAUCUUCUGCUCAGAUAACUGUCAAGUCACCUGACUCAGAACAAGGGAAACUAUAGUGCUCAGAGUGCAAAGUUUCAUUCCCAACACUAUAGUACCCUAUAGAGCCCCCUCCCUUGAGACCCUGAAAGGGUUAAAAACCUGUCUGGUAGACAGCAACUAGAGGUUUAUCAAUAACUGCAAUAAUUACUAUUGCAUGGUUAAGGGGACAGGGGCACUGCACCCAGAUUACUCAUAGUGCCUAUAGUGUCCCUUUAACAAACAUUUCCGUUUCCAGGUCAAUACUGAUUUGCCAACUGAAAUGUCAGUCACACCGUGUUAGAUGUUUUUUUUUCUUAUUGCAUGUCCAUACCAAUAUAAAAAUAAUAAUACACAUUAUUUGUGACAUUAAGAGCUUGUAUUCAAUACUAUCAAUUAUCCAAUACUAUAAAUUAAUCAGUUCAUCUGAAUAAAUGAUCUUUAAAUAGUUAAACUAAAUAUAUGUUUAUGUUACUGCUGCGUAACACCUGCAUGUCUCAAGCUGGACUUUGGGAAGUCCUCCUAGGGCACAGAUAUGCCACAAAAAUCAUGUUUCCACAAGUAUCCUUGAAUUCCAAACUUGAUGUGCAAGUAAUCACAGACAAGCAUUGUGUUUCAGAUUGAUCCUUCCUUUUUUUCUUCAGUUACCCUUAGCAGAGGACGCAAAUUUAAACGCCGCUGUUUUUAAAUCAAAGCAUGGGUUAUGAUCUAAUAGGAUCAUUGACCAGAAACCAACCAUGGACUGUAUAUUUUCAACCUGUUAGUUUCCCUGAGCAAGGGGCCAAGUAAUUCGAGGUGAAUAUACACAAUAAAACUUUCUACAGUGUUUGAUUUUACAACAAAUAUUUGCCACCAGUUGUACACUCUAACGGAGACUUAGACUUUUCACACCAGAACCGGUUCCCCAUAAUUUUUUGUUUUUUUUAUUUAUAUAAUUUCAUUUAAUUUGUUUGCCCUGCCCUUCAGAAUCUUGCAAAGUCGUAAUUUAUGGUGGCAACUGUUGUAUAUAAUAAACUUUAUUGUUAUCUGUCUCAUUUGAUGUAUUCAGCAGUUUCCACCAGAAAGGAUGACCUCGAAGGAACUGUAUAAGCAAAUAAAACAAAUUGUACAAAGACAAGUAUAAACAAAAAAAAACAAGGUCAUUUUCUAACCAGGAUAUCCAUGGAGGAUAAUUAAAUUAUCGUAUGUAAAUUUAUUAGUAGGAAGCAAGUGGCACUGUGUUCUUUUAAUUUUUCUAAGAAAAGUCACAUGGGAGAAUCUUAUACGCUCCGUUUAGAACAUUUAAUCAUUAACUCUCUGUGUACUUGAACAUAAAAAAGGGACAGAGUUAUUUACUAAUGUGAGAAUCCAAAGUCAAUUUCAAAUUUAAUUUUUUAAAUAUUAUUGAAAUGGAAAUAUUCUCUAAGUCGGCUCUGAGUCCAGUUUCAGCAACUUUGAAUUUCAAUUUUAAAUUCUCUUUGAAUUCUCACUUUAGUGGAUAUCCCUGUAAAUGUGUAUUCUUUACCUAUACAAUCACUGUUGUUUUCUGUAGCUAUAUUUUAAUUUCUUUAUCCUUGUAAUAGUAUAUUUCACACCGUUGUUUUAUUAUAAAUCUUACUUGGCACUGUUAAAACACAAAACAUGCCCUGUGUGAUCCCACAAUAGGUCACUCAUAGAUAAUUGGCAGUGUGACAACUACACUGCUUACUAAUGCCCCUUUUCCACUGGGCGGUUCGGUUCGGGUCAGUACAGUCUGGUACGCUAUUUUGAGUGUUUCCAUUAUGAAAGUGGCCCAUACAGCAGAACCAAACCGCACCAUUCCUGGGCCCACUUUAGAUGUAGGUCCAUAGGAAAUGGUACGGUACGGUUAGGGCGGAGCUACUGGUGUCAUACUAUAAAAUCCAUUGAUUGGCGGACAGGAAAACUCUAAUGCUCACAAUAAAUGACAUGCUAGGCAUUUGGUCUAAACCCCAAAUUCUCCUGGGUGGUCUGUGUUGCAGUGGGACCACCUGAAUAGGCUGGACCUUUCUAACCCUUCCGAACCGUACCGACCCGAACCACACCGCUCAGUGGAAACGAGGCAUUAGAGUAUCCCUUUUAAAGCGUUUGCCGUGUUGCUUUUACUACAUGUAUAUGUAAAUAUAUAAUUAUUUUCUGUUUAUGUUUAGUGUUUUAUUCUCAAACAGAUGGUGCUAAAUUAUCAAAAGCAUUGUAAAAUGAUCUCUGAGUUGGAAAAAUUCUCCAUUUCAGCUAGUUUAGCCUACAUUUUCAAUUUGAGUCGUCGGCUUACCAUGUGUUAAAAUGUUCUUAAAGGAAACCUUUUUUUCUUUAACAUUAUUUAAUAUUUCAGCUCUCCCAGCUGCUUUAAACGUUCGGAUUCGGCUCCGUCUGAUGCAGCUGAACCGCGCAGUGUGCCUGGAGUGUCCAGAAUAUCAGAUCCCUUGGUUUCAUGACCGGUAUUGUCAGCAGGUGCAGCGCAAAGGUAAAACAAUAUUACCUGUUCCGAAAUAAAAAGAAAUGGAGAUGUGGCUCCCUGUAAUGGGAGUUUCUUUGCUAAUACAUGUGUGUAACACUGCAGAGUAUAAUAACAGGUGAGAAAGAAAGGCACAAAAGAGUGAUGCUUCAACUCCACACACAACUUUUUCAAACCCACAUUUUCCCUGUUUCCCUUGUAUAUUUUGACUUCUAAAAAUGCAUUUCUAGCACAAGAUGGACAUUCUUUUGUAUUUAAUCUUAUGUUUCUUUGAAUGCUGUUACAUAGGUAUACAAGUCAGUCCGAGCUGAAUGGCAGCCAUGGAUUUUGUUCAAUGACAUCCUCUUUUGAAAUAAACUGCAUAUUUUAUUAAAAGUUAAUUUUUAAAGUUUGUGAUCAACCUAUCUUUUUGGUUUUUUUUCUGUUUGUCCCUAUGCAGUGAAUGGCAGCAUAAAUUCAGUGCAGCGACAGAUUCACCAGUUGCUUGGAGAAAUUCUUGGAGGAAUAAAUUAUGUGAAAGUUUCUGUGAUGACUCCCUACUACCAUUCCAUAGGUAAUAUGACUGGAAGGAACUUAAUGCAGCUUGCUUUUGAUUUAAAGAUGCAGGUUUAUUCCUCAUAACUAAAUAUGAAAACUGUAAGGGACACUAUAGUCGCCAUAACAACUACAGCUAAUUGUAUUUGUUCUGGUGAGUAUAAUCAUUCCCUUCAGGCUUCAGAGAAAAGACAGUGUUUACAAUACAGCGUAGGGAUACCUCCAGUGGCCACUCCUCAGAUGGCUACUAGAGGUGCUUCCUGGGGCAGUGCUGAACAGUGUGCAGCACUGCCAUUCAUUGUCUCCACCCUCUGCAUGGGGACACUGAACUUUCAUCAUAGAGAUGCAUUGAAUCUCUAUGAAGAGAUGCUUAUUGGCCAGGGUGAUGUUUAGCUUGUGCUGACUCUGCUCCUGAUCUGCCUCCUUGAAAAGCUCAGCCAAUCCAAUGCUUUCCUAUAGGAAAGCAUGGUGAUUGGCUCAAAUCAUAACUUCUGAUGAUGCCAGCCAAGCAGGCAGAUCAGGAGUAGAGCCAGCAGCAGCAGACUUGAGUAAAGGUAAGAUUUUACUAUAUAUAACGAGGCCAGGGGGGCUAGAUGGCGUUUUUAACACUAUAGGGUGAGGAAUACAUUUGUGUUCCUGACCCUAUAGUGUUUCUUUAAUGUAAGGCUUCACUUUUACUGAUCAUGGUGACAUUACUUUUCAUUAUUUAAACUUGACAUGCAUAAUUUAGGAAUCGAUUAUUCUAGUAGUAGUCAAUGAUGUUGGUUCCAGUAGGCCACUGAUUUCAGUAGCUGGAAUGUAUCUCACAGUGAACAUUCUUACCUUUUACUUAAAGGGACAUUAUAGGCACCCAAAUGACUUCAUAGCAUUGAAGUAGUCUAAGUGCAGUGUCCCUGUCCCUUAACCCUGCAACCUAACACGCUGCACUUUUAGAGAAACUGUAAUGUUUAUAUUUCAGGGUUAAAACUGCCACUAGUGGCUGUCUAGCAGAAAGCCACUAAAGACGCUUCCUACUGUUUUGCAAAGCUUGACUUUGUGAAGGACAUACUGCGUCUUCAAAUCUCUCAUAGGAAAGCAGUGAAAAGAGGAGAUGCCGCCAGCGCUGAGAAGUCACGGUGAUGGAAUAAGGUGACUGUAAAAAGUCCCUUUUUUUUUUUUUUUUUUAAACCCUUUUAUUUGCUGACGGGUGCUGAUUGGGAGAAGAGGAACACUUUAGUUUUAGGGAUACAGCUUUGUUCCUUGAAAAUUCCAAUUCUUGAAAACCUUUACAGAACAACUGUCACCUCAUAACUACUUUUUGAUAAAAUAAUUUUUUUUCAUCACGUUUUGAUAUAUAUAUAUAUUUUUUUUUGCCAUGACAUACGACUGUGAUACAUUAGCGAUAUAAUGGCUGGUGCAAUAGCUGAACUGGUUUCUUAUAGCAAUGGUACAUUUAUACAGAAAUGAGAAGUAUACAUUUUAGGUUAUGCAUGUUGAAAUAUGCGUAUACUUUUCUUGUUUGCAUUCCGUCAUGGUUUUUGUAUUUGUUUUGCAAAGAAGUAACGAGAUAACUUGUUAUUCAAAACAUAAAUUAUCGUAACAAUUGGUAUAACCUUGUAAGGUAUUAGCGUAUAAUAUAUCUCUGCUCCAUCAAUUUGUCUUAAAGUGCUAGGAGCGGUAUCUCUUUUUUGAUUUAUUCUUUCUGUCCUCCGCCCCCCGCCCGCCCGCGCGCUUCUGUGGGUGGUGAGCCAAGCUAUUGUUGUCCCAAUUAAGCAGUGGUUUGGUGCUAUUGGAGCUUCACCGCUUUGUUAACCAAGGGUUUUUCAGAACACCCCCCGUGACAACGGUGGGAAAACGUCUAACCCCUGCAGCUGGGUCCGAGGUCCCCCUGGCCCAUCUGGCUCCUCUGAGGGGCGCUAAGUAUCGUAUUGCUCCCCUAGAUCCCAUACUUUCUGAAAAGUGGUGGUGUUUCUGACCUGUGCUGUGAGCCUGUCCAUGAGGUAAUUGUCUCUUAAUUUAGCAAUUACUAGCGCUAUCGAGGGUAAGUCAGGGGUUUGCCCAGUGUUGAGCUAGGGCUUUGCAUGCUGCCUGGUAGAUCAUGUUGAGCAGCUUCUGCUCGUGUCUGUGGAGACCAUCGGUCGGUUUGGAUAGCAGGCAUGCCCAGGGGUCUAGGGUCAUCUGCCUUUGAAGGAUGUUUGAACUCAGGUCCCACCACCUUCUGCCAAAAUUCCCCAACCCUAGGGCACUUCCACCACAUGUGGAUAUAGCUCCCUCUCUGUCCGCAUAAACACCAACAUAGAAACAUAGAAUGUGACGGCAGAUAAGAACCAUUCGGCCCAUCUAGUGUGCCCAAUUUUCUAAAUACCUUCAUUAGUCCCUGGCCUUAUCUUAUAGUUAGGAUAGCCUUAUGCCUAUCCCACACAUGCUUAAACUCCUUCACUGUGUUAACCUCUACCACUUCAGCUGGAAGGCUAUUCCAUGCAUCCACUACCCUCUCCGUAAAGUAAUACUUCCUGAUAUUAUUUUUAAACCUUAUAGAAACAUAGAAUGAAUCUGUAGUGCUCAGUUUCAUGUGACACUGUUUGACAGGGGUCAUGUACCAUCUAAAUAAUGUAUUUUCGGAUUGCUCCUGUAUCGUGACAAAUAUGGAUGUUUUGGCGCUUGCUUUUUUUCUGCCAAAUAAAUGUGUCUGUGGCCUUUUGUAUGUUGGUGAGGUCUCCUCUGGUGACUCUUACUGGUAGGGCCUGAAAGUGAAACAACAAUCUGGGCAGGACAUUCAUUUUUAUGGUGUGUAAUCAGCCUAGCCAUGAGAUGGGUUUAUCCGUCCACUUUUCUAGAUUCUCUGUAAUUGUGCGCAACAGUGGCGUGUAAUUCUGGUGGUACAGUUGGGUGGGGUCUGAUUUAUCUGGGUUCCUCUCUCCCGGGUGUGCCCUUAGGUCUCGGGGAGGGUUUAUAGAGGUCUCGGCCCCUUGGGUGGUUCCCUUGUGCAAUGGGUGUCCCUGCUGGGCUGAGCCCUAUUUAGGCUGCCUCUUGAUCUCUUCCCAGUGCCCCCUUAUGUGAUCUUCGAUUAGCUCUGUAUACCUGUUACACUGUGAGGGCGUCAUUGAAAACUAUUUACAGUAUUGUGUUGCGUAAAAAAAUUUUUAGAACACUGAAAAAAGCCCUGGCAUCUGAGGCUCCGAGGGCUAACUGUAUUGGGGUUACAGGUCGCGUGUCAGAGUGCCACUUAUCUGUGCUGAUGAGUCAGGUAGCAGUCCCAGAAAGCCGGCCCCGUGGCUUGUUACUGUUCCUAAGUAGAUCCGCCGGGAAGCUUGUUUGCCGCGCACCAGGCCUCAGGCAUGGGGCGUCAGCCCGGGGUGACUCCAUUGAGCUAAGGCAAAGUCCGGCGCAGGGUCUAUACCUAGACCCUGGAGGAAGGGUGCCGGGUCCGUCCCCAGGAGCAGCGCGUGGGCUCUUCCCACCCGGAAUGCCACCAGUUUAAACGGGUGUCCCCAGGUAUAGCGCACUUCGUGAUAUACUUAAGAGGUCAAUCAUUGGUUUCCACUCUCGUCUUACAACGUGAGGGUGGCAUCUUGAUAGUUGAGUUCAUGUUCUCUGCUGUAUUUUAAGAUUGCCUCUUUGGUCAAGUAGAAGCGAAAGUGUAUAAUUAUGUCCCUGGGAGCCUCCUGCUCUCUGGGAACAUAGUGCUCUGUGGGCUCUAUCUAUUACCCAUUUAUAUUGUGGGAUGUAAGGCAGGAGGUGUUUGAAGUAGUGCUCUAUCAUGGCUAUCAGAGGGCCACCAGCAUCUCGAGAUUAUACACGUGUUGUUCCAGUGUGCUUGAGUGUGUGGCUACUGCGUUGUGGGCCCGUGCUAUCCGCUCAACCCUGGUCUCCAGGUCAGACGUACAGACUCCCAGAGCUUGUAUUUUGGCCUUCACCUCCUUAGAGCUCUGGGUUAUUUCUCCGGCCAGGAAGCUGCGGAUUUCCGCAAGCUUCGCCAGUAUUUGGUAAGUGUCACCCUGUUGGCUCUCCGGGGUUUCGACAUCUGCGAUCUAUGCCGGUGAGAGGGAGCCGUGUGGGCUUGCACUGCGGCCAUCUUGCGACAUUCUUGUCGGGCCCAAGGCCGGCAACAGACCUAUGGAUCUCUACCCUCUCCCUUCUUCUUUGCUCCUGAUCCUGUGCUGGACAUUUUCUGCAAUGUGUAGAAUUGUUUGUUAGGUUCGAUGCUGAAGGCAAGUGCUCAAUUGUAAGUGGAUGGAGCAGGAGCUCUUAGAUUAAGCGACCAUUCAAGUUGGCGGUCAAACCUCGCUAUAUAUAUAUAUAUAUAAUUUUUUUUUUUUUUAAUGAAGAAUAUGUAGAAAAUUUGAAAAACCCAUCUCCAGCUUUAGUAUAUGACUGAAUUGUUCAGCCAUAUACAUACAUCUUCGGUCAGACGGUGUUUGAAAACGAACAAUUAGUCUCUAAGGUCUUCCCUGCUUCUGUGUAGGGAGUUAAACAGGGAGACAAUAGAGAUUAACUCUCCGUUUUCAAAUAUUGUCUGACAAGAGGUGUAUGCAUAUGGAUCCUGUCAAACACUCAAGGUAGGGAUUAGGAUUUCUUUUCUCUUUUUUUUUUGUUUUGUUUUUUUUUCAAUAUACUUAAUUUAAAAAAAAUAAAUCUAUUUCCUUUCAAAACUUAAUUAAAUAAUCAUUUUAUUAAAAAUAGUUUUGAGGUGACCGUUGUCUUUUAAUGUUUUCAGUCCCAUCAUCCUUAUACUGCAAUACGUCAUGUUAAACUUCUGGAUCAAAUGGCACUCUUGCAUGCUUAAUGGUUCAAAGAAAAAGCAGAUGACAUUUAAACGGAAAUAAAAUGAUUUUUCUGCCUUGAUUGUUUCUAAUGUACUCCUGUUCUAACACAUUAUUAUUUCUUUAAGAUUUUGAAUGUAUACUGGAUAAAAAUAAAAAACCCAUCCCCUAUAUGGACCAGAAUAUGUUGUCAGCUGAUCUGUCAAAAUUGCAAUGGGGACUUGACAAGCAGUUAGGGGAAACAAAGUCCUUACCCCCAGGGGCUCAGAGGUCAGUAAACAUUUUGUACUUUCUAUAUUUGUAAAAGCUUAUCAUCUAAAUUUUGGGGUAAAAUUCAAUCUAUUCAAUCUACAAUGGGUACCCAGCUCCUGGUAAGUGAACAAAGAGAGAAAGAUUGUAAUCACAUUUCGAUUUAUCCACAGACCCAAUGUUUUAUUCUGAUGAAAAGAGAGUGGAAGAAUUUAGAGAUGCCUCCAUUCGUCACAUUCAAAACUGUUUAAUAUACAAGAUGAGGAAUUUAAAGUCUGAGUCUUGCUUCCUAAAGUAACUGUGCCUUUUGCACUAUUAUCCAAAAAAAAAAAAAAAAAACCUACUGUGCCUACAGGUGGGGCAGAGGGCUUAUGAGAACCAGUGUAUAAAAGGAUGUGACAUUCUUCAGACAGAACGGUCAUCAGCCGCCCAGACCAAGAGCAUCGGCGGAAAGAACAUAGCGUAUUUGGCUUUAUGACCUGGAAUAAGGGUCAUAUGGAGAAUCAGAUGAACAUUCUUCCUCUCUCUUUUAUGCAUAGUUAAAUUGGCAAAAGAAUUCAUGUGUGCCAUGACAAGUCUGCCAAACUAGUAGCUUUAAAUAUAGAGUUCCCUCAAUCUUCUAUACAGAAUCAAUCUAAUAGUACAACCUUGAACAGUCAAUAAAUAGAAAUAAAAGCAGCCAGGUAAUGGAAACAUGUUUGUUUUAACAGGGUAGCGGUGGAGUUUCUUGAUUCCAAGGCGUUCUGCAAGAACUCUUCUCAUAUCAAAGGAGAAUACAUCAUGAAGAAGAGGCAUUUAGAGAUGCUUGGAUACCACGUGGUUCAGGUACAUUGCUAAAGAAAAAUAAAUUGUCCUUUCUAGCAGUUUGAAAGCAUUUUAGCUGUUUGAUGCAUUGCACCUCCUCCUGUCCCCUGAUUGAAAUUUUUUUUUGCAGAGUAAUGGUAAAUAUUUCUCAUACAAAUAUGAUUAGCCAUCUCUGUUAUUGCAGUGAGAUAGCCCAAAACAUAUUUCCUUCAACUAUUCUUAACUGUACGUUUCCACUACGUCUGCAAUAUCCCUGUAUGCUGUUCCACUACCUCUACAAUAUGAACGUUUGACUCCUUUUUCUUACAGUAAUUUAUUAGUCACCUUUAUAAUUGCAUUAUGAUAGCUCUAAUCAUCUUUUCGUCCAAUCAUUCCAGUCAUUUAGAUAUUAAGAAAGAAAGUUGAAAGGGAAGUUUCGGGUACCGUAACAACUUUUUCCUCUUCUUCUCCAUCUUACCAUAGUGGCUUAAAGUGUUUUCAAAUGGUUUGAUUGUUUUCAACAGCCACUAUCCUCCCGACCCCUCUGCCGAUUACUUUCUCCAGUCUUUGGGGAGUCCUGGGAGUCUUGGGAAAACACAGCCACUUAGGAGUUAAGGAUCAACUAUAUUUUAUGCUAUCAUCAUGAUCUGGUCCCUACAGACACUAUGCCAGCAUGGCUACUGCUGCUUAUUUAGCACCAACAGUUAGCUUGUAUUUUAAUAUAUGAUCUUUAAAGGCUGGUGUGCUAUAACUAAAUUAUUCUGUAUUUGACCUUUAAUGAGUUAAAGUUGUGUUGUUGCCAGGAAUCUCCUUUGAAUCCCAGAGCAGGUGCAGUAGAAUCAGAUUCUUAUUCUCUCACCAUAUAUAUAUAUUUAUCUCUACUUCUCUCUCCCCUCCCAGUAUGUCCUCCUUCUCACUUCAUAACCUCUGGGUUACUAGCAUGAAAUAAUGAAUCUCGAUAUUUCAUAGCCUACAUUAUUAUAUGAUAUGGACUGCUUAAAAGAGAAAAACUGGGCUUUCUGUAAACGGUCAUCCAAAUAGAAGUGACACCAAUGUCGUUAAGUCCCAGUUUCACUCAUCUUCUCUAAGCUACAUCACUCAAUAAGCUGAUAGGCUCUAUAUAUUAGCUGCUAUCAGUUUACUUGCAGCAUAGUUUAAAGUUUUAGUAAAUCAGUCUGUUCACAGAGAUCGCCUGAGCUGUCAGCCAUGCAUUCAUAUGACGAUGACACAUGUCUAGAGCUGGAGAGGGAAGGGAUGUGCUUGAGUAAGGAAAGUUCCUCCUUUGAUAUCAGAGAGAUCAGUAGUUUUGCAAUUCACAAAGUUGCAAUGGUGUCUAGCUUCUCCAUUUAACUUAUUUGGAAUGAUGUGAUCAAGAGAGGCUGGUAAAAGAUUAAAAAAUAACCCCCAAAACUUGUAAACUAAACGACUAUGAUCAUUGCAAACUUUGCGUACAAUAAUUAUAUUCUACAACAUAUCAAACCGUAAAUUUUUAACAUUACUCUCCAGAAUAUCUUUUGUGACAUAAAACCUUGAAGAGCUUUGAUCCUAACUGUCCUGUAAAAGCAUGUAGAUUGUUUUUAUAAUAACUUAAUUUCCCACUUCGACCAAGGCACACCUUUUUUCCCCCCUUGAAAAGUUUAAACUUGAACAUGUGAAACAUACUGAUUAUCAAUCGGUUGUAUUCUAAAAACAUUUCUCAUGCAUAAUGCAGGAUCAGGGAGUAACUAGUGAAGAUAAAUGCUCGGUCUGAGCUAAUGUUGCGUCAUGCAUUCACUUAUAAUUUUGUGUUGCUUUUUUUUCCUCUUUUAUUUUUAGAUUUCUAGCUUGGAGUGGAAUUCAAUGGAACUGUCAACAAAAGCUGCUUGGAAAGAAUAUCUACGAAAGAAUCUGUUUGAAAAUGACUUAUGAUCUCCUGUGUUUUUUUUUUUUUUGUAUUUAGAAUUAAUUUAUAUUUUAUUGCUAAUAAAAACAUUUUUCAGAACGUGCUCUGACAGAUGUUUUGUAUAACACAUUUAAGAAGUAGGUAAACAUCUUGUUUCGCUUACAAAAUGGUUGCAACAGGCAGCAAUUAU